AUGGGGCGGCGGCGGCCCCGGGGGCCCCGGGGAGACACGGUCGGGGCCCUGCCCGAGGCCAUCGCCGCGCUGAGUCAGACGCUGCCCGCCGGGCCCAGCCCCGAGAUCUUCCGCCGCGCCAAGUUCGACCGUCCGGAGGCGGCCCCGGCGCUCUGGCAGCUGCUCUUCCGCGUGCUCUCGCCGCUGCCCCGAGACGGCGCCUCGGCCUCCCCGGCCUCCCCGGCCCUGGAGGCCCAAGUCCACCUGGUGAAGUCGGCGCUGCGCUCCCAGGGCUACCCCAGGAGGGCGCUGGCGCAGCUCCCCGAGGACGGCUCCCAGGGCAGCCGCGAGCUUCUGCUGGCCCUGGCCUGGCUCCUGGCCCGCGGGCCCCUGCUCGAGCAGCUGCUGGCCCAGACGCGCGUGCGGCUGGGCGACGAGAUACCCCUGUGCGAGUGUGAAGCCCUGGCCAGUGCUGGCCCACUCCCGCCCCGCCGGGAAGCAGAUGGGCCUGUGGACAUACGCCACUUGCAGUGGCUGAUGGGAAAGCUACGGUUCCAGUGGCGAAACCUGAUCACCAGUCAGCAGGAGCAGUGUGCCCUCCUGGGAAAGAUCCACUCCUAUACCCAAGGCUGCCACAGUGACCGCAGCCUUGGCCACCUGUCUGUUGCUGAGACGGAGCUGUUCAGGGACCCAGAGGGCGGCCGGCAGCUGCUUCAGAGGCUGGAGAGUGAGAACGCGCGCCUGGAGGCCGCCCUGGUGUGGCGGCGGCAGGAGCUGGUCUUCUGGAAGUGGAUGGACACGGUCCUGGGCGCCUGCCCCCUGGAGGCCUCACAGCCCACGUUUCUGCCCAGGAUCCCCACGGGGGGUGCUGGCGAGUUGGAGCUGGUGGCCCAGGAGUUGCAGGCCCUGCAUGAGGAGCUGCGGGGAGCAGCGGAGCCCCGGCGGGCGGCCUGGGAGGCCAGGGUUGGAGGCUGGGGGCCGGAGCAGACUGCUGUGCAGCGGGCCUCACGGGAGGCCGUGGGACGGGAGCUGGCCGCUCUUCAGCGGGCCUGCGAGCAAGGGGAGGCCCUGGCCCAGCCCCAUGGGCCCUGCCGGCUGGUGAAGACAGACGCCAGAGCCUCGGGGGGCCCAGGCCUGCGGGCUGCUGAACUGAUUGGGGCGCUGAGGAGCCGGGAAACCCGCCUGGAGGCUGUGCUGGGCCGGCUGCAGACCCGGUGUCGGCAGGAGCUGACCAGGCUGGCGGGAGCCCGGCCCGGCCUCCUCUGGAUCCUGCCGCCUGGUCGCUGAGGGCCCGUGGGUGUGCCCUCCUCGAGGGGGACCUGCCCUGACGCCCUGGCUGGGUUUCGGAGGGGCAGGUUUCAGGGUGGCCCCAGGAUGAUGCAGACACAAUCCCGUGGCGUGCUCCUCCCCCUGAGCCCUGGCUGUCCCCCCUUUGGGCACAGCCCGGGCCUUGGCUGGCCACACUGGGGCAGGCACGACAGGCCCAUGUGGUGUCUGUGGGCAUUCUGGAUCAAGAGAGUAUGCAGAAAUAAGUUGUGGAGGCCUCCCUGCAGGGGUCAGGCUCUGCCGUGGCCCCCGGCCACCCUUCCAGGUUCCUGCCUGGGGAGGGUCAGGUCUGUGCUCAGGCCCAGGGGAACGGGACCCUGGGUAGUGGUGGCCAAAGCUGGGCUGGGCCAGGGCUGCCCCCAUGCUGGGGGGUCAGGCAUGGCCUACAGCAUGGGGGGGCCUCAGGGUCCUGGGGGAAGGGAUAGCCCGGGACGCCCGUACACACUGUGUCCUGGCCCCUUGCACGCCCCACCUUGGGCCUGUGCCUGGUGUGUGUGUGUGUGCUGGGCAGGGAUGCUGGCUGAGGCCUGGGGGUGGGGGACGCUGUUCCUUUCCUGGGGGCGGUGCUGGGGGUGAGGGGGAGGCCACUGUGGACAGAGGGGGCUUUGUGCAUGAGACUGUUCGGGGAGCUGGGCUCGGCCCUGACAAAGAGCCAUCUGUGUCCGGGGGAUGUGGCCCCCAGCUUGCCGGAACAGGCCCCCCCCACCCCAGGGGGCCCAGCCUCUCGGCACCCCUCACCCAGCAGGCACAGACAGCCUCAUCCUGCCUCCCUUGCCAGGCUCCCCUUAGCCCAGGGCAGUUGAACCCCAGCCUGCUGCUGGGCGGGUGCAGGGGCCUAUCGGCUGCCUCCUGCCGGCCAGGUCAGGCCUGAGGACACGUGGCAGGACGUUCUCUCGUUGGCUUUUCCUGGCUGGCCAGGGGUGUGCUGGAGCGACCGCUCACACCCAGGAGCACCGGGCUGGUCUCGGCCACCCCAGCCCCUCCCCCUCCCUUGUGGGGACACCCCAGUGCUCCCUCUGCACUGGUCAGACCAGGCAGACUGGUCAGGAGGGCAUCCCUGACCCUCUCCUCACAGGCCUGGCCCCCGGACAGUCUCUGGGCUGGGGUCUCUCCCUCCAAACCACAGCCCCCCUCCCAGCUCCUCCUCAGGGCUCCAGCUGUGGUCCAGGGCCCACGGGGCCUCGACCCUCCACCUGCAGCCCUCCGAAUGUGUGAAGUCCCUUCUGGACUCCCUGCAGCCGCCCCUCUCUGCCUGCCAUGCCCUCAGCCGUCCCAACCACCGAUGGGACCCUCCUCAUCUGGGAAACAAGUCCACCCAGAGCCCCCUGCCUUCUGGGGACCGCCAUUGAGCCAGGACACCCACUGGCCCUUGGGAACUUGAGGUUUAGCAGCCACAUGCAGGCUCAGGAUCACGGGACUGGCCCUUGUCAAGCUGAUGUGUGGAUCCAAUACAUGCCACUCAAAACCCUA